AGAGCGAUGAUAAUAAUGAAGCUCAUGGUUGAAAUCAACAAACGCCAGAUAAGAAGAGCAACCGGAGUCGGCAUAAAAAUGGGUGGUUUGAAAGCGGUGGCAGUCAUCACCGGCGGCGAAAGCUCCGUCAAAGGGUCUCUUCAGUUCUUCCAGGAAGCCAAUGGGGUAACUCAUGUGAGUGGUAAAAUAACAGGGCUCAAACCAGGUCUUCAUGGAUUCCAUAUUCAUGCUCUUGGUGAUACCACUAAUGGCUGCAUCUCCACAGGACCUCAUUUCAAUCCAUUAAAGAAUGAUCAUGGAGCUCCUCAAGAUGAUGUACGCCAUGCAGGCGAUUUGGGUAACAUUGUUGCUGGUGAAGACGGAAUUGCUAAUGUAUCAAUUGAGGAUAAACAUAUUCCACUAAUUGGGCAGCAUUCCAUUUUGGGGAGGGCAGUUGUUAUUCAUGCUGAUCCUGAUGAUCUUGGAAGAGGUGGACAUGAACUUAGCAAGACAACUGGUAAUGCUGGUGCUAGAGUUGGUUGUGGUGUUAUUGGACUUCAAUCUUCUGUGUAAGCUAGGCUCCUUUAUACUUUGUACAAUAUGCAUAUACUUGUUGAUCAUGUUAUGAGAUCCUAAAAAUGAACUAAAGAAGCAUGUUUGUUAUUAGUUCACUUGCUUUGGUUGAA